AUGAGUGGUGUGAUUAUGGUUGUUGGCAAGUGGAACCAGCUGAAGAUUGAUGGGGACUUCGUGGUUAUGACUGAAAGCUCUCAUUUCAUUGUAAAAGACUCGCCCCCCCUAAUUGCAAUUCCUAGCUCCGCCACUGAAUUACCAGCCCAAAUAUUCAACAUCUCGACAUUGCAAGGACUGGACCUAACGAACAAUAAGCUUUCUGGAAGACUUCCGUCAUCCACAGGUUAUGGAUUAAUCAACCUUGAAGUGCUUGUUCUCUUUUUGAAUGAGUUUGAUGGAGUAAUACCAGCCUCAAUCUCAAAUGCGUCUAAGCUUACUAUUUUAGACUUGACUGGAAAUAGAUUCAGCGGUCCAGUUCCAAACUCUCUUGGAAACCUAAGAUUUCUAAGACAUUUGGGUCUCGUUGAAAAUCAUUUGACAACUGAACCUUCAUCGAGAGAAUUGAGCUUUAUUAGUUACUUAACAAAUUGCAAGUACCUGAAAAUAUUAGGUUUUGCUGAAAAUCCGCUGCACGGUUUUCUUCCGAUAUCAGUUGGGAAUCUCUCAACUUCUAUGGAGAGCUUCUAUGGAUAUGGUUGCGGAAUCAAGGGAAGCAUUCCCGAUGGAAUUGGGAAUUUGAGCAGCCUAAUGAUUUUGAAUCUAGGAGGAAAUCACCUGAGUGGGCCCGUUCCGAGCACAAUGAAAUACUUGCAAAAACUUCAAGAAUUGGGUUUGGGACAUAAUCAAUUAAGUGGUUCAAUUCCAGAUUGCAUUUGCAAGUUAAAGAGAUUGUACAAAAUUGAUUUGGGGCAAAACCAGUUUCGGGGGUCAAUACCAUCAUGCUUAAAUAAUAUUAGUUCUCCGGGAGGAAUUGACUUUUCUGGGAACUUAUUAAACUCAAGCAUACCUGCUAGCUUGUGGAAUCUCACGGAUCUCUUGACGUUGAACCUGUCAUAUAAUUCAUUGAGUGGCUCACUACCUUAUGAAACUGGAAAUUUAAAGGUAGUAACGCUAUUAGAUUUGUCAGGAAAUCAGCUUAAUGGGAAUAUUCCAAGUUCCUUAGGAGGCUUGCAAAGUUUAGCAACGCUUUCAUUAGCACAAAAUAAACUUCAGGGACCUAUUCCAGACUCACUCAGUCACGCGUUAAGCUUACAAUUUUUGGAUCUAUCCAAUAAUAAUCUAUCAGGUCCAAUACCAAAGUCCUUGGAGACACUUUUAUAUCUCAAACACAUUAAUCUUUCUUUCAACCGCUUAAGAGGAGAAAUUCCCUCUAGUGGUCCUUUCGAGAAGUUCACAUAUGAAUCAUUCAUGUCUAAUGAUGACUUGUGUGGUGCUCAGAGGUUUCAUGUUCCUCCAUGUCCUUCUCCUCGGAUUCACAAAUCGAGUCAGAAGAAAGUAUUUCAUAUGCUAGGCAUUCUAUCAGGCAUUGCAGCAACAAUAAUUGCUCUUACAACUGCUGCAAUUUUACUUUUAAGAUGCCGAAGAAAGGAUGGGAUUUCAAGAAACACUGAUUUGUUGCCCAUGGGAUUGCCAAAAAUGAUUUCAUACUAUGAACUUGUGCAAGCGACCAAUGGUUAUGAUGAAAGCAAUUUGCUUGGCAAAGGGAGUUUUGGAUCUGUAUAUAAGGGUAUUUUGACGGAUGGGACAGUUGUAGCUGUGAAAGUUUUCACUUUACUACCAGAAGUCAAUUCCAGAAGUUUUGAUACAGAAUGUGAAGUUCUACGCAAUCUUCGCCAUAGAAACCUUACCAAAGUGAUUGGUAGUUGCUCUAACCUGGACUUCAAGGCCUUAGUGUUUGAUUAUAAGUCUAAUGGGAGCCUUGAGAAAUGGUUGUACUCCCACAACCAUUGCCUGGAUCUGCUGCAAAGGAUAAGCAUAAUGAUGGAUGUUGCUUCCGCAUUGGAAUAUCUGCAUUUUGGUUAUACAACACCAGUGGUUCACUGUGAUCUGAAACCUAGCAACAUAUUACUCGAUGAAAGUAUGGUUGCUCAUGUGAGUGAUUUUGGUAUGGCAAAGUUUUUGGAUGAAGAAAAUAGUGUUCUGCAUACCAAGACACUUGCAACGCUUGGAUACUUGGCACCAGAGUAUGGACUUGAAGGGCAGGUGUCAACAAGGGUUGAUGUGUAUAGUUUUGGCAUAGUUUUGAUGGAAACCUUUUCAAGAAUGAAGCCUAGUGAUGAAAUGUUCAAAGAUGAUUUCAGCUUGAUGAGUUGGAUUGAAGAAUCUCUACCUAAUGCAACAACUCAGGUUGUAGACGCAAACUUACUUGGGCAACAAGAUGAGCAUUUCAGCGAGAAAUUGGAGUGUGUUUCAAUGAUCUUCAAAUUGGCUUUGAGUUGCUGUGCUGAAUGCCCACGAGAUCGGACUAAUAUGAAGGAUGUUGUGGCUGCACUUCAAAAGAUAAAACGUCAAACUGAGUAUUUUUCGAAUAUCUCGGCAUGA